AUGGCCGAUCCUUUACCACAACCUACGGCUUCUGCGCCUGAGAAAGGCCGGCCCUUGCGAGAGUUCCGACGCAGCUACAAGGCAUGUAAACUAUGCCGCCGAAAGAAAAUACGUUGUAUUGUAGAUGGCCCAGGUAAAGCUUGCCUCAGGUGCAAGAGAGAGUUAAGAGAAUGUGUCUUCCCUGUCGAAAGAUCACACCAUGCCAAAAACGCGGAAGAAAUUCGGAUUCCUUACGAACCGUCUUCAUCUAUUUCGAAAAUCGCAUGUGAGAAGCCAUUAAAUAGACCCUCCCUGAAGUUCUAUGCUAAGAUAGUCGUGAUUGUAGCCAAGCCUCAUAACGCUGAAGAUGGUCAAUCGCAGAUUUCAGACCAUUCUGCCCAUGCAGCAAUCGACAUGACUACCGUUGAGAACUGGGCUACCACGGAUGAGAUCUCUGUCACACCUCAAAAUAAGCAAUUACGGCAAUCUUCCCUUUCUUCCGAUGUUUCCAUGGUCCCUGCAGCUAGUGUCAGUGAGAAUGCUGGCAACGACAGGGGGGAGAGUGAUAUGGCUGGAGAUUUGAAUGCCACUCUGAUGAGAACACUGGUAUCCAAUGGCAACGACGCCCUUAAACUGCUGUUUCAAGCGGCGAUCGAACAGAAGGAAGACGAAACCUUAAGCAGUGUUCGUCAAAAUCAACCGGUUGCAGGUGACACUCUCACGCCAGACAACAGGUCAUCCACCGCAACCGAUCCAGUUGAGUUCUCCGCUGCAUCACCCACAACCCUCAGGGUUUGGGACGCAUUUCGGUUUACAAAGAUGGGAUGGUUUUCAUCUGAGGAGGCUGUCACAUAUAUGGAUCUGUAA